GAGAGAGCGUGCAAACACGACAUGUACAAAGCGGAGCACGUUAGAAUGAGGGGCCAUGGUCGGUUGGUGUUGCAAUGCCAUCCUUCCUUUUCAUUUCUUUUCUUCUCUUCUUCUUUCACUUCAAACUCCCUCAAUAACCUCUCUCUCCCUCUCUUUCUCUCUUUCUCUCCGAUGAGGAAGCUUUGUCCCAACUUCGACCGGGAAGACGGCCUCGACACUGUCCUUGAGGUUCCCAUCCCCGAGGAGAUGUUCUCUUGCAACACCAACAAAGCCCACGCUAUCUCAUGGCAAGCCAUGAAAACAUGGGUCAAAUCCAACCAUCACGACAAAUCCUCGCAUGUUAAUUCAAUCGCCUCCUUAUUUGGCGGCCGCAACGCCGAGAUCCAGCUCCUCCUCGGCGUCGUCGGAGCUCCCUUAAUCCCACUCCCCAUCAUUUUUCACCACCAACCCAUUACUUGCAACAUCAAAGACAAUCCCAUUGAGGCGUCAAUGGCGAAGUACAUAGUGCAACAAUACGUGGCCGCAGUGGGAGGGGAGCAUGCCUUGAAUUCGAUUGAUAGUAUGUAUGCCAUGGGGAAGGUGAAGAUGGUGGCGUCGGAGUUUUCUUCCGGCGAAGCGUGUUUGAAUGGUAAAGCGACGAAGGUGAAGAACGGGAAAGGCGGCGGUGGCGUGGGCAGCGGCGGAGAAAUGGGUGGGUUUGUAGUGUGGCAGAAACGGCCGGAGCUAUGGUGUUUGGAACUGAUGCUGUCGGGGUGUAAAAUCAGCGCCGGUAGCGACGGGAAAGUGGCUUGGAGACAAACUCCUUGGCAUCACUCUCAUGCUUCUCGUGGCCCUCCACGUCCGCUCCGACGAUUCUUGCAGGUAAAUUAAUUUUUUAUAUUUUUUAAAAUAAUAAAUAAAAAAUAAUAUUAUUCGGAGUUACUAAAUUAUAAGCGUAUUUGGUGGAAAAGCGCUUCAACGUGCUGGCUACCACGGUUGAAAAUCAUCCCCCCACCAACUCUUCA